UGCCCGGGAUCCUCUUUCCCGUGGGGCCGGGGGCGCCGGGAAGGGCCGGGCCGCGCUGGCCGCUCGCCGGCGCCGCUCGCUGUGCCUGUGCGGGGCCCUAAUAAAGCUAUUUUGAAAGUGACCCCUCGGCCAGAGCGCGGGGAGGGAGCAGCGAGCCGGGCGCAGCUGUCCGGAAUCAUGACUGAAGAUGACGGAUUCCGUGGUGGUGGAGGGUCACGUCAAGUUGAGAGAUGGAAAAAAGGUCCCUACUCCCGCUGCCCCUUCGGCCCGGUCCCGCGGCGGGCCGGGGGGGGGUCCCCGACCGACACCCCCUUUCCCAGGAGGGGAGAGAGUCCGCUCUUCCCUGCUCCGACCCUGGCUAACCCUCUCCUUUUGCCUCUCGUUGCAGUGGAAGAAUAGGUGGCUGGUGCUGCGCAAGCCGUCCCCCGUGGCAGACUGUCUGCUCAUGCUGGUCUACAAGGAUAAAUCUGAACGAGCUAAAGGGCAUAAGGAGAGGAGCAGUGUGACCUUAGAAGACAUCUGUGGCUUGGAUCCUGGGCUCUCCUAUGAGGGCUUGAAUCACACGCUUGCAAUCAUCUGUCUCUCUCAAGUUGUGAUGCUGGGAUUCGAGAACAAGGAGACGAUGUACGCGUGGGAUGUACGGAUCCGCUACAGUCUGGGGGAAGUUCAUAGAUUUCAAGUUUUUGUAGCACCUGGCACUAAACUAGAGAGUGGGCCUGCUACCCUGCACUUCUGCAAUGACAUUCUCGUCCUUGUGAAAGACCUUCCUCCUAGUGUCAUGGGCCAGUGGAAGCUCUCGGACCUGCGGCGGUACGGAGCUGUCCCAAACGGAUUCAUCUUUGAAGGGGGUACCAGGUGCGGCUUCUGGGCUGGUGUUUUUUUCCUUUCUUGUGCUGAAGGAGAGCAGAUCAGCUUUCUGUUCGACUGUAUCGUCCGUGGCAUCUCCCCGACGAAGGGCCCUUUUGGUUUGCGUCCAGUCCUACCAGAUCCAAGUGCAAACCCAGCCUAUUCUGAAGAAAGAUUGACUCAUGAAGCCUUGCAGUUAGAAAAGCGCUUGAGCUUGCUGUCCCAUACAAGUCGCCAGGGCAGUGGAGGAGACGACCGAAGUCUUUCAAGCUCAUCUUCAGAUACCAGCCACUCGGAUGUUAGUGUUGGAAGCAGACUGACAAUUUGGCCUGAACAGUCUUCUGCCAGCACUUCUCAAGAGAGCCACGGACUGGCAGCUGCAAAGGGCAUUCAUCUCGGGGAGGAAAAGGCCCUUCCAGAAGGGGCACGCGGCACCACUAAACCACCUCCAAAGCCCCUGCGAUCCAGACAGCUACAGGAAAUUGGCCGUCAGAGCUCUUCGGACAGUGGAAUUGCUACUGGCAGUCACUCUUCUUACUCUGGAAGCUUUUCUUCCUAUGCUGGGAGCUUGGACAUUUGCCACGGCGAUGAGUUUGGAUCGUUGCUGAGCUUGCCGUUGAACUUCCCUUCGGAUCAGAGUUUAUGUACUUGUCUGCACGGUGAGCCCCAGCGAGGUGUGGGCUCAGAGUACCAGGUGCCCAGCUCUCUCAGACACCUUUAUGAUACACCCAGGAGUUUGGUACAGGCGGCUGCUAAAGAUGCGCAUCCGAAGAGUGCAGAUUCCACGCUACCCAAGGACCAGGCCCUGCCACCUCAAGGUGCUAGUGACCCAAAACUGCUACUACCCCACUUGGAAGCAUGGAGGGUAUCUGAGCACAGACAGGACAGAGGGAGGCCUUCAUCCUUACUUGCAGAAAGCAGCAAGGACUCCAGUUAUGAGACCUAUGUGGAUUUUGUCUCGAGGUGGUCAGACACAAAAGCACAAGGACAGGUGUCAGACUCCAAAAGUAGUGAGUUGUCACCACCUAGUGGGGCCUCAGCUGACCCCUAUGACACAUGUAACCCCCACCUUGGGAUGACAAGAGCUCUUUUUUCAUCUUGUCCAGUCUGUGGUGGACUAAAGGGAACAGCAAUAUUACAGUCUGGAGCCUUACCAGCUGUGCCAGGUGGUGCUUCUGUCAUGGCAGCUUCUGGGUCUUUGAAAGUGCACAGAGGGCACAGUCUCCAAGCUGCUCCUAAAGGUGGCUGUGAGAUGCUAACACUUCCUGCAGAACCUGGAACUCCCACUAGCUCUGAGGAACUUGAAGGGGCGGUAGGUUACUCAGCUGAUGUCCCUGCAGCAGAUCGACCCCACAGCGAGACAGCCACCUAUGUGAAUAUUCCUGUCAGCCCAACCUCCAAAAAGCAGCUGCACUACAUGGAGCUGGAGCUGCAGGAACCCAGCACGAGCGUGAGAGGGAGCGGAUCAUCUCGCUAUGCCCAGAUCGACAUCGCAGCCACGGAGACAGCCCACAAAGUGGGGACCCAGCACGCCCAGUGCCGGGAGGAACGUUUGCAGGAGCUGGAGCAGAAGAAGAAGGGGGCUCAGCAGUGACCUGUCUAGGAAAGAACUUUUUGCUCACCAUUAAUUGGUACCAAUUUCUCUUCCAAAAGAUCCACAUUUGUUGUACAAAACACUCAUGCAAAACGCUGCCAUCUCUUGUGGCAUUGAUACCAGAUCCAUUCCAGUGUCUUGACUCCUGAUUGGGAGGCUGGUAGCAUGAGGGGGGAGGAGGUCUGGUCUUGCUUUUAUUUUCAUCUGGUUAUAAAGUCCAGAUUUUUCCUCAUCUGCAAUGUCAGAUGGAAGUUACCUUUUUGCUAGAUGUCUAAAAUCCUGGAGAACCUGGAACCAGUUCCAGUGUUUAUUAGAUGGUGGCAUUUUCUUUCACAUUAAAGAACUGGAGUGUGUGCAGAUAAGGGAAGGUGAAUGUGAGGGUGAGUGUGAGUGUGACUGUUAAGAUAUCUGUAUAUAUCUGAGUGUAUAAAGUACAGAAACCCUCUAGUAAUACAUUCAUGGACUCUUACAAAACCAGGGCAGUUCAGUGCCUGAUUUUUUUGCAGGCACAAUUUUGUUCAAGUUCUGGGCUUAUCUGUGGCCAUGAUUAACUUUACCUGUAACUAAGUCAGUUUUGUACCUCACCAACAGAUCUGUGGCUUUGAAGCUGCUCAGAUUUCAAAGCUGCCUUGUCAGGGAUGCAGGUAGGCAAGAGCACACA